AAUUUUAAUACUUCUCAAUGAAAGUGCUGAAGCAAUCAGAUUCCGAUAAGAACCCGCGACAUCGAGUCGAAACAACGCCACUCUGUGUCUGGCUGCUCUUUUGGUAAUACUAUUGUUAAUCUUUUUAGUGAUUUAAAAAGUGAAGGCGAUUGGGUGUUCUUUUACACUUUGCGUCACUUGAUUUGCUUUUGUCACGCUAGAAGUCUUUGUCACGAACAUGAAAAUUUGGUGAAUAAAGGUAAGUGAAAGUUGGCUUUUUCCAGUCAUUUAUGAAACCUUCCACGUGCUGAUAGUCACAUCUAUCUUGUUGAAUAUGUCACUUCUUCAAUCGAUCGAAUGGUGAGAAACUUUUCAGGACCGCUGUCAUUGAACAAUUCAAUUAAUUUAUUUCUAGUAUAAUGCAUUGCAAGGAAGGUUAAUUUCCUUCUGAAAAACAGAAAAAUGACAUCAUCAGAUUCGCUUUCAGAGCAGUUUCUUCAGUGUACUUCAACCAAAUGUUCACACAUAAAUUUGUGAAAAACGAGUGGUAGUUGAUGACUUUGAUCAUCGAUAAAACGCACCGUCGUGAGAUUCAAAGUUGUGGUAAAAGUAAUCUUGACUUUAAUUUAUUUGUUUUCUUAAAGAUGAAAUAUAUAUUUAACGCGUUUUACCACCGACCAUUUGGUUAUUUUCUGAAACAAAAACAAGGAUUUUCAUGGAAAGGGUUCACCUGUCAGUAACUUUGAAUACCCCAAUGCCUAGUUAGAUUAGUUGCAGCUUUUUAGCUAAUUGAACUUCACACUGGUUUUGCUUGUGUCUGCUAUCACUUAAGUUGAUGAGGGCAUUUAAAACAUGAUAAUCGUAUGUAGUAAUGAGCCAUUAAAAUAAUGAAAAUAAUGAUGAUGAUGAUGAUGAUGAUGAUGAUGAUGACAGUAGUAACAGUCUGUGGAGCCAAGAAGCUUGCCUAAUGAGAGAAUUAGGAGUGCCAAAUAAGGUGGCUGUGCAGUUACACCUGGAGAUGUAUGGAAAGGGAUAGAGUGGACCAACAAUUUGUUUGUCCUUCAACCUUUAUCCAGUCUCAAAGAAUGAAAAGAAGUGGUUGUCAGGGUAACCCAAGUCACUGCUAUUUACACAAACAAAGGGCUGAAACAAAAUUGGCAAGAGGUUAUUCUCAGUGCACAUAUUUAAGAAUAUGUAAAUGAAUGCUUCUUUCCUUAAAUCAGGAUUAUCUAGAUUGUUAUACUCCCUAAUGGCAUGAGUAAAUAAUAUCUGUUGGGGUAUUAUUGCAUCAGUAUUUUAAAUUGGUCUUAAUCUGAUAUACAAUUCUCUUCCUUGAAGGUGCACAACUUUCUUAGAAGUAUCCAGUUGACUCUGAAGUGUUGAGAAUCCUAAUUUCAUUGUUCUAAAUAUGGAAAAGGAAGACGUACUUGAUGACAAGAGUUCAACAGCUUUUAAAAUCAACUGGUCCUCUUCAAACAUUCCUUCUAACUUUGUAGUGAACAAUACACUGCCUCCAAGUCUGGCACACAGCUACUCACACCAAACAUUACUAGGCCAUGGUCAGCAGUUUUCCAAGAAACUACUGCCGUCUAGAACAAAAUUUCGAACACAUGCCACUGUUAAGGUUUCACCGAUGGGACAUGAUCAUUUGGCAGAGAGGAAACUUAGAGACUCAGUACAAAAAUCUGAUACAAGCACAUUGUUUGAGCUGAUCAACAAGGGUGUAAAUGUGUCUGGUGCUGACUCAAAACAUAGAACUGCUCUUCAUUUUGCUGCAGCACAAGGAAAUGCUCAAACCCUAAAGGUUCUACUUGAAAAUGGAGCCAAUCCUAAUGCAAAAGAUCUUAAUGGAAAUACACCUCUUCAUCUGGCUGCUUGUACAAAUCAGGUUAAAAUAGUGACCCUCCUACUACAAGCAGGGAGUGACGUCAAUGCUUCUGACUUCAGUGGAAAAACUCCACUUGACCUUGCAAACUCCAGGUUAAGAAUUCUUUAUGGUAAUCAGAACAUCAGAGGAAAGCCAUCAAUUUAUUGUGAGGAAGUGAAGCAAGUUAUAGAGAUGAUUAAGGCAUACAUGUCAAGACUUGGAAAUACAAAGGCAGAAGAAACACUGGAUCAACUUUGUAGCAUGCUCGGAGAUUCUACCACUACAGAAGAGGUUUGUAAAAUUGUAGCAAUGGUUGAAUAUAGCUGGGUGCAUUUAUUUCCUUUUUUUUUUUUUUGCGCCAAUUAAGACAUGUUGUGUGGUGUUAAAGGAGUUUCUAUCAUCAUUUUUGACUUUACCACAUUCAUGUUGCAGUUGCCAUGUUGAUUUGAGUAUGGUCCCUUUUGUUAGUGUGAGGUUACUUCUAAAAAAGAGUGUUGUCAGUGAUCGUGAUUGUGUUUUAAUCAACAACUUGAGUAGAAGUCAUUAACAGAGUCAAGAUAAGGUUAUCAAAAUGUCAGUGACAAUCACUCGUGACAGUCUAUUUCAGCAUUACUUUUACCUGGAUGAUAAGACUACACCACUAGAGUUCAAUUGUCCAAUAAAAUUUUUUGAUUUAAUCAUCAAACUUUUUGUGAAAGGCAAGAUCAGGGACAGGUUUGGAGCACAGAGAGCAGUCAAAUGUUCAUGGGUUGCCAAGGGGGGAAUGUUAAAGCUUUGAAUUGAUCAGUGAUCAGGGCAUAAGAAAAACAUUGGGCCACAGUGUCGCUGAUACUUUUUUAUGGAGAUGUUUCAUCUCACAACUCUUACUGGAUACUCCUUGCAGGUUGAUGAAGUUCACUCUUUGCUGGCUAGUUUUACUGCAAUGAAUCUUUCACACAGUGCUGAAGACAGGAAAUAG